AUGGUGAACCGAGCCCUUGCCGCUGCGAGCGUGCUCCUCGCUCUCGGCUCAGGGCACGGCGCAUAUGGCGCGUCCCCACCUGUAAAGGUCUCGUUACGUUCUGCGUUCCCGGCCGCAGACACUCUGUUCGAGGCUUUGGAAGCCAUAGCUCUUGAGAACUCGACUGCUCUCUUCCCCCUCCUCUCGCACUUCCCCCUUUCUGGUCUUCCAUCGUCGUACACACCCCAGGACGCGCAUACACGCGUCUUUGACCUCGCGCAAGAAUACAAGCUUCUUGAUGGCGGCUCGUUGAGCUCAGCAAGGACGUUACUCGGUCUGCACGCGGCUGCACCGAGGCUCGCGGUCAGCGCACAGCACUACGAGGACCGACUUCAGCAGGAGACGUCGGGUAGGGCUGGAGGAAAGGGAUGCGAGUCUUGGGUAGACUGGUAUGGGGAGGUGCUUUGCGAUGCGGAGGAGUUGAAGACGAAGGUGUCCUCGGCGCCAGGCGACCCGGACUACAUGGCAUUCAAGUCGCUUCCCUUCGACUACGCACACGCACUCCCGCCCUCGCUCGACGAGCCCCCAUUCAAGGUCGUACAUUAUGCAGACCCUACGGCCAAUGGUUUCGCGCCGAUUCACGCGGCGUUGCUGUCGUUGGAGCCCAAGGUCGAGUACGUCCUUCGGUGGGCGCGGACUGCUCGGUCCGGCGAGAGCGAGGGUAGUCUUACGGACUAUCUGAGCGGCUAUGGUGUCGCGCUUGAUCUCAAGAAGAUGGACUACUUGGUUAUUGACGACCGAGCUCAUCGCUCGGACGAUGCGGCGUCUUCGACGAACGACGAGGACUUGAAGACGGAGGAGGGCGAAGCUAUGCGGACGCCGGAGGAAAUCCUUACCUGCAUAUUCGAGUCUCUACCAUAUGUUGACGAGGCUGCGAAGGAGAGGGCAAAGGCGAACGAGCCAUUGACUGAAGAUGAGAUUGCAGCCCUCGGCAUGAAGGCGACCCAGUUCAUCUCUCGUUUCUCCUCUCGACCGCACGAUGCUUCCCUUUACGUGCAUCCCUGCUGGGACAAUCACCAUCAGGCUCCUCCCGACCAGCUGACCCUCAUGAGCGUGCUAAGCCGCUCCUUCCCACUGUACGCGACCCCUCUUGCGCGCAAAGUCGAGUUGACCGAGGGCGUGGUGGACGAAGUUUACGAGAACUGGGAGAAGGCAACGCCAGGCGUGGGCGCUCUUUGGAUCAAUGGUCGGGCUCUUGAGCAAAAGGACGGGCAGGAUGGAAAUAUCUUCAGUCUCCUUCGUACCAUACGCCGAGAGCGUGCGCUCGUCCAGUCCAUCAUGGACCUCGGCUUAACAGGAGAACAAGCGGUUGAGGUGCUCAUGCAUCCCGCCUAUACCAAGUGGGCCGAUGCUCUUGACGGGAUCGUCGAUGCGAGCGAUAGGCCCGAGGGUGGUGAUGUCGUGCUAUGGUGGAAUGACAUCGAGACGGAGGACCGAUACCAGUCAUUCCGACCAGCGCUGACAGGGCUGAUGCGAAUGCACCCGGCCGCCUUGUUCUCGCCUAUGCUUCAGAUCCGCGCGAAUAUCAUCAACACGGUACUCGUACUCGACCUCUCGUCACCGAGCUCCCUUGCAUUCCUGUCGAACCAGGUGGAAGGAAUUGUCGCGCGAGGAUAUCCAGUUCGCUGGGGUCUUGUACCCGCCGUCGAAACUGACCAUGCUAUGGUAAUGGCAAGGUUGGUAUAUUACGUGCAUGGGCGUUAUGGAAGCAAGGCCAUGGUUGGAUUCAUCAAAUCGGUCACUGGCAACCACGACCACAUCGUAUCCUGGGAUGCCGUCCGCUCGGUCUUUGCAUCAUUUGAACCUGCCCACACGUUCGACGAGGUUGCCGAGGGCGUCGUUCCGCUCAGCAAACCGGCCGAAGCGGGCGAGACUCAAGAAGAGGCUAUUAACGAUCAACUCGACGUUAUCAAGAAGGCUCGCCAGUAUUCGAAACGACUCGGCCAACCGAAGAAUGAUGGACUGGGCGGGCAUGGAUUUGUCAACGGGCGAUAUAUCGAGUUAAACGAUUGGAUUACAUUCUCGCAAGGGUUCCAGACCGAAUCCAUGUUACACCUGCAGUUCCUUCAGGAGCUUGUAUACACCGGUCAACUCAAGGAUACCGACAUUCCGCUGGUUUCAACCCUCUUCUACGACUUGCCGGGCACACCAAGUAGGCGUAACCCGUACAUCCACCAAGCCCAGGCCAAAGGAGAUGCGAAGAUUUUCAGUCUACCCGAAUUAUUCAAGGAGUCUGGCUUCACGAGAGGCAAGGACGCUUUCGUUGUUCCAGAAGGCUCGGAGAAACAUCCCAUCACGAUGUAUGUCGUUGGUGACUUUGACUCUCCCGCUGGCCGAGCGGUCUUGAAGGAAUCUUUGGAAUUUACAAAGUUGAAUUCACGCUCGCGCGUGACGUUCGUGCACAAUCCCGCAACCGACAGCGACCAGCUGAUCCGGAAGCUCGGCCUUGAAGCACAUACUUUCGAACAUUCUUCCCAGAAAUCGUUCAGCAUCGAAGAGUUUGACGAUGUUCUCCAGAAGGACGUUGCCCUGAAUCGUGCUCCGACGAAACUCAUACUACGCAAGUUGGGCCUUGCCCCUGGCGAUCUUGCCAUCUUGGUCAACGGUCGUCUUGUCGGACCCAUUGCCCCGGAGUCUGGAUUUGUCGCGGAAGACUUCGCUACCCUGGAGAGUUACGAACUGAAGAAGCGCGUCGAACGCGUCGAGAUAGCUCUCGACGAUGUCUUGGAGCAAGACAGUGAGAAGCCCCGCGAUGCUGCUACCUACUCCCACCUCGCUUCUAUGAUAUCAUCAAUCGUCGCCUCUAUUCAGCAACCUGACCCUAGUGAGGUCGGGUUGUUCGACGCUGCACAAAGACCCAGAAGUGCAAGUUAUAGAAAGUUAAGCGGUCAAUAUACGUUAUCGUGGAUUGGGACCAAGGAUUACUCGAAGACUCAAAUGACCCUCCUAAUUGACCCCCUGAGCGAGAUGGCGCAAAAGUGGUCGAGUAUACUGGAUUGCUGGUUUGAUCUCUUCCCUGACGUAUACCUUGAAGUAUACAUGAACCCGACACAACAUUCUGAGAUUCCUUUGAAGCGUUUCUAUCGCAGUAAUAUCCAGUCUCGAUUGCAGUACAACGGCCAGGGGCAAGAGGUACCGGCCAUCGUCGAAUUUGCAGGCCUUCCAGUGGAGCCGAUUUAUACGUUGGCAAUGGACGUUCCGCCGUCCUGGCUCGUUCGUCCUCGUGAAGCAAUGUACGACCUCGACAACAUUCAACUUAGCACGCUUUCUCCCGAAGAUCGCACUACUGGCCUCCAGGCCCUCUUUGCUCUGGAUUACAUUGUCAUUGAAGGUCAUGCUCGCGAGACUAUCGCCGACAGCCCACCAAGCGGACUUCAGCUCGAGCUUACGCCUACUUCGUCAACAACAUCCGAGUCCAACACUACAACGGUUCCGGUUGACGACACGCUCGUCGUCGCGAACCUUGGCUACUUCCAAUUCAAAGCCAAGCCUGGUGUCUUCGAGCUUGGGAUUCGCGAGGGCCGCGGGCGCGAGGUAUACAUGUUGGAAAGUGUUGGCGCCCAAGGCUGGGAUAGCCCCUCGGUGGAGAAGGUUGGCCGCGAGCUCGCGGUGAUGAGUCUCGAAGGUGCUACGAUUUACCCGAGGUUCGGGAGGAAGCCCGGCAUGGAUGGAGUGAGUGUUUUGGAACAGCCCGAAGCCUACGACGCGCAUUCCGGUGGUAUCCUCGACAACAUCGUGGUAUCGGAAUUCCUGUCGCCUAAGGCAAGGCAGACGGAUCUGGCGGUCAGUGGCAAGCCCCAAGCGGAGAUCAACAUUUUCACUGUAGCGUCCGGUCACCUGUAUGAGCGCUUCGCAUCAAUCAUGAUUCUUAGUGUUCUUAGAAACACUAAGAGUACUGUGAAGUUCUGGUUUAUUGAAAACUUCUUGUCGCCUUCGUUCCUGGAAUUCAUUCCUCACAUGGCUGAAGAGUACGGGUUCCAGUACGAACUUGUCACCUACAAGUGGCCUUCGUGGCUCCGUGCUCAAAAGGAGAAACAACGUAUCAUUUGGGCUUAUAAGAUCCUCUUCCUCGACGUCCUCUUCCCUAUGGACCUCAAGAAAGUAAUCUUCGUUGACGCGGAUCAAAUUGUGCGCGCCGAUUUGCAAGAGCUUGUCGACCUGGAUCUGCAUGGGGCCCCGUAUGGCUACACCCCCAUGGGUAACGACAACACGGACAUGGAAGGCUUCAGGUUCUGGAAGACGGGCUAUUGGGCGGAUUUCCUCAACGGACGACCUUAUCAUAUUAGCGCACUUUAUGUUGUCGACCUUGUCCGUUUCCGAGCAAUGGCAGCUGGAGAUAUGCUGAGAGGACACUACCAUGCGCUUUCCGCGGACCCCAAUUCGCUGGCCAAUCUUGAUCAGGAUCUUCCGAAUAACUUACAGAUGUCUGUUCCGAUUUUCUCACUUGACGAAGAUUGGCUAUGGUGCGAAACAUGGUGUAUCAAGGAUCGCCUGCAUCGCGCGAAGACAAUAGAUCUUUGCCAAAACCCUCUUACUAAAGAGCCCAAACUCUCUCGUGCUCGUCAGAUUCCUGAGUGGGACCUGUACGACACUGAAAUUGCCAAUUUCUCUAGACGUCUGGCGGAACAGGGCAAAAUUCACUCCAGCGCAGCGACUGCAGAUACCACUGUUCUGGCGAACGAAGCGGCUGCAAAGGCCGUAGUCGCCGAUGGCGCUGAACGGUCUGAAGAUCCGCCUGGGGAAUCGCACUCUGGAGGUCGCCAGGUAGACGAACUAUGA